GCAACCGGAGCGGCCCGAGCCCCGGCCUCCCGGAUGCUGGAGUCUGGCUGGCGAGAAGCACUGCGAGUCGGGCGUGGGCCGGGCAGGGAGUGGAGUCGGGGUCUUACUCUUGGGGCUGCAGGGCGCAGGGUAGCCGUGUCAGGCCUGCCCAGGUCCGGAGGGCUCCUCCCCGACCUCAACAGCCUCUGGUCGGGUCUGGCGCGCGCUCGCUUUCCCAGAGGGCUACUUGGGCUAUGGCGGCCGCGGCGCUGGCGAGCGGGACACCCCUCGGCCUUGUCCUCGAGCUGCUGCCGGGACAGCCCGCGCUGCCCCGGGCGCGCCGGGAGUCAGUGACCUUCGAGGAUGUGGCCGUCUACUUCUCUGAGAACGAAUGGAUUGGCCUGGGCCCUGCUCAGAGAGCCCUGUACAGGGAUGUGAUGCUGGAGAAUUAUGGGGCUGUGGCUUCCCUGGCAUUUCCAUUUCCCAAACCGGCUCUGAUUUCCCAGCUGGAGCGAGGGGAAGCACCCUGGUGCUCGCUUCCUCGGGGAGCUCUGGAUGGAGAGGCCCCUAGGGGCAUAUCCUCAGAGGGUGUGUUGAAGAGGAAGAAAGAAGAUUUUAUUCUGAAGGAGGAAAUUAUCGAGGAAGCACAGGACCUCAUGGUCCUAUCAAGUGUACCCUGGUGGUGUGGAUCCCAGAAAUUAUGGUUUGGGAAAAUCUGUGAAGAGAAAAGCAGGUUAGGGAGAUGGCCUGGUUACCUCAAUGGGGGAAGUAUGGAAAGUUCUACAAAUGAUAUUAUAGAAGUGAUUGUCAAGGAUGAGAUGAUCUCAGUAGAAGAGAGUUCAGAGAAUACUGAUGUCAAUAACCUCCUUGGUAUACAUCACAAAAUUCUAAAUGAGCAAAUAUUCUAUAUAUGUGAGGAAUGCGGCAAGUGUUUUGAUCAAAAUGAGGACUUUGAUCAACACCAGAAAACUCAUAAUGGAGAGAAGGUCUAUGGAUGUAAAGAAUGUGGGAAGGCUUUCAGUUUUCGAUCACACUGCAUUGCGCAUCAGAGAAUUCACAGCGGGGUGAAACCCUAUGAAUGUCAAGAAUGUGCUAAGGCCUUUGUUUGGAAGUCAAACCUGAUUCGUCACCAGAGAAUACAUACUGGAGAGAAACCCUUUGAAUGUAAGGAAUGUGGGAAGGGCUUUAGUCAGAACACAAGCCUUACACAACAUCAACGGAUCCACACUGGUGAGAAACCAUACACAUGCAAGGUGUGUGGGAAAAGCUUUACUCGAAACCCAGUCCUUCUUCGACAUCAGAGAAUGCACACUGGGGAGAAGCCUUAUGAAUGUAAGGACUGUGGGAAAGGCUUCAUGUGGAACUCAGAUCUUUCUCAGCCCCAGAGGGUCCACACUGGGGACAAGCCUCAUGAAUGUACUGACUGUGGGAAAACCUUCUUUUGCAAGGCACACCUUAUUCGACAUCAAAGAAUCCAUACUGGGGAAAGACCCUAUAAAUGUAAUGACUGUGGGAAGGCCUUCAGUCAGAAUUCUGUCUUAAUUAAGCACCAGAGGCUCCAUGCUAGAGACAAACCCUAUAACUGUCAGAUCUCUCACCUUCUUGAACAUUAGAGAGUGCAUAAUGGUGAUACUUGUUUAUAAUUCUUAUGCUGCAGGAACCCUAGAGACAAAAUGAGAUGACGGUUCACAAUUUGCUAUGACCCUUAACUUUAAUAGCCAGUAUUAUCUUGCCCUUUUGAACAUUUACCAUGUACUCUAGCAAGACUGGUCCCCCUGUUCUAUGAUGUUUUAACAAGGCAUCAUUUAGUUUGGCAGCUACUCUGUAUCAGGUGCUAACCACUUUACAUACAUUAAUUUGCAUAACAAUCCUAUUAAGGCAAGUGCUCUUCUCCCCAUUUUACAAAUGAGAAAUCUGAGUUGAAAGAGGUUAUAAAACUCAUUCAGGGUUGUUCAGCUAGUAAGUUACAGAGUUGAAAUCGGAGCCAGGCCUAUCUGACUGCAGAGUUUACUGUUCUUUACUUAAUUGUACAUAUUUAUGUCUCUGCCCAUUUUUAUUUGCUUAUUUUCCUGUGCUUUUAGUUUCCCUUCAUCACUCAGAUCCAGCUCCUUCAACUAAGCAGAUCUCUCUUCCUCUUCUACUUGUAAUCAGUACCACCCAAGUUAGUAUUUAAUUAUGUGCCAUCUUAUAUUUUUCUAAUAGUCUCACGUCUCUUAGUCUUAACCCCAGCUAAAUGACUCUAGGGACCAACAGUACAUUUCUUUUAUGUUUUUCAAAUCCUGAAACAUUAAUCUUUGACUAGAUAUAACAUGCUCAUGAUAAAAAAGAAUUGAAAUAGUUGAAAAGUGUGUUCAGUGAAAAGUAAAUUUCCUUGUCAUUCCUAUCUCUUGAGUUCUCCCCAGAGGCAAUCACUGCUACUGGUUGCAGUUCUUUUUUUUUUUUUUUUUCUUAGACGGAGUCUCGCUCUAUCCACCCAGGCUGGAGUGCAGUGGUGUGAUCUCAGCUCACUGCAAGCUCCACCUCCCAGGUUCAUGCCAUUCUUCUGCCUCGGCCUCCCAAGUAGCUGGGACUCCAGGUGCCCGCCACCACGUCUGGCUAAUAUUUUGUAUUUUUAGUAGAGACGGGGUUUCACCGUGUUAGCCAGGCUGGUCUCGAUCUCCUGACCUCGUGAUCCACCUGCCUCGGCCUCCCAAAGUGCUGGGAUUACAGGCCUCAGCUACCACGCCUGGCCAAUCCAGUCUUAAGAGACCUCAUUGCUUUUGUUUUAUGAGACAUCAUUCUGGGAUUGGGAAUAUGUAAACUCAAUUGGAGAUUUUUUUCAUAAAAAUUUAUAUAGUUCCAGCCCCUCUCAUUGCUUCCUAUCCUAAAUCCUCUCCCAGUCUGUCCAUCCCUCACUACCAUGAUAGCCUACAUUCUGAUAAGCUGUGAGGCCACUGCCAAGGGAGGGAGAAAUGGUCACUUUCUGGUGGUGGUUAAUGCUUUGUUAGAUAGCUUCAUCCAGUCAAUAGUUGAAAAGUUUUCACAUAAUCUGGUAUCGGCAUCAGAGUCAGAAAUGCCCUCCCUAGGUCUAGGACCAAAGAUAAAACAAACACGAGGAACAUGUAGAGUCUACACAGGAAAGUAAAGAAUUAUAGAAUUAACUAAUUCCACUUGAAAUCAGGAGUUUAUAAAACAACAUUUUUAGAUGUGGUCAUCUUUUAUUGAUUUCCAUCAUCUCUUCCCCUUCUCUCUGAACAGUUACCCAGGUAUUCUUUGGGAAGGUAUCGUUUCUCAGCUAUGUGGUUUGGCACCACCACCAUCUUCAUGAGUGGACCCUGUUUGGCUUGUGUCAAUCAGCUUAUCCCAUCCCCUUGGCCACAGAGCCAUUGUGAUAUGAGGAGAUACUGGCUCUUCUGGAAAAGAGAGGCUUUUCUUCAUUUGAGAGCUACCGGAGGAGAUAUCUGUCUUCUGUGUGCCACACAGGAAAAUAUGAGGCCUAGAACUAUAGCAACUUUUUUUUUCUGUUAAAAGGGGAGAUUCUCAAGCUUCCAGGUGCUACCAUAUGGAGCCUAAGGAUAAAGCCAAUACCAAAGAAAACAGUGACUAAACAGAGAGAAACUUGGUCCUUGGUGACAUCUUUUGAGUCACUAGACCAAGCCUUACCUGAAGCAGAUCUACCUCAGAACUUUUCAGCUAUGUGAACCAAUAAACAUCUUCUGUCAAACGAA